AUGUCUCAGGCUCUCGAAAGUCCCGAUGGGACCGCUCUGACUUGGAUCUUUGACCACAUUUUGCGUUACCCCGGCACCUACGAGAUUCCAUUGCGCACCAUGUACACGCUGAACUGCAACCCCUCCAAGAGUUCCGGCCCGUCGCGUCCGGAGACGGCCUUUUCCGCGCGUAGUUCGACUUCGACCUCCUCUUCGUCUUCGGAGGAGAAUGCCAGCAUUGAUGCUGCGCUAGACUUCCGCUCGCAGCUGAUGCACCAAAUGUCUCGUCUCCCGUCUCAACCGUGCUCCCUCCCCGCGUCCUUUUUGACCAGCUUCGUCCGUCGCACCUUCGCCUCCGAGCUCGAGUCAGUGGAUUUCCCCCAGGCAUUGACCGCGUUGGAUUACCUGAAGGACCUGGAAAACCGAUGGAAGAAGGAAAUGACCGGCGCCUACGACCGCCUGGGCCUGACUCGCGAAGAUGUGGAGGCCCCGUUCCGCUCUGAGCUGGCGAUUCAGCAUCCGGAAGUUAUGGCCUGGCACUACAAGAUCACCGUGAACGCCAAGCACCUGGAGGCCCUGUAUACUCAAAUCUACAUUGGGCUCCGUCGUUGGACUCUAAUCAACGAUAUGAUGCUUGAUCCCCACAACCGGCCCAACAACCUGGCCAUGCUAAACACGCUCUUCCCGCCCACUGCCGCUUCUUCGCCUUCCCCCACCAAGCAAUUGACUCCCACCACGCUGCUUGCCCAGCGCGAUGGGUUCUUUCGCUAUGUUAAGAAGGUCGACGCGGAGGGCCCCGCGGUUCUGGACCACCUGAUUACGCAACAUGCCCCAGAGGGCCACGCCACCUCCUGGCCUCUUGUGCACGAUGUGUUGGAAAAGUUCCUUGUCGCGGCGAACGAAAUGAUAGAAGAGACGAUGAUGAUCAAAGAACCCGCCGACUUGAACCAAGCCGAGACCUUUCAACGUCCCAAGACCCGCAAGGCCGAUUCGGGAAUCAGCUUCGGGUCUCCCGCCACCAAUGAGAGUGCCACCAAUGAGUGUGCGGCCAAUGAGUGUGCGGCCAAUGAGAGUGUCACGGUGGCAGCCUUGGAGAAGCCUCUCCCUCAGUUUCCUGUCCCCAAACCCCAAGGCAAGGCAGCUGGUUCUGCACUGGAGCGUCUAGUCACCGAAUUCCGUCGGCUGGGCCCGAGCAACAAGUCUAAGAACCUGAAGAAGAUGAAAUCAUCCUCUGCACUGCAAUCGCGGCCUGGUAGCCAGCAUAGUUCUGCCGAGAGUUCCUUCUUUGAAAUUGAUGAGCAAAAACGCCGCCGCCUGAUUGGCGAAGCCACAAGCCGAAAGGCCGCUUUCCACUAA